AUGGAAACAACCAGAAAUGUCUUUGUAAUUGUGCUUCUAAAUGUCUUAUUUUUUCGGAUUUACAGCCAAGAACUAAAUCCCAGAGGUAGAAAUGUAUGCGAAGCUGGGCUCCAAUGCUGUAGUGGCUUCGCCCAGCAAGGAGAUGAGUGCUUAAUACCAAUUUGUGAGAGUAACUUCACCUGCAAAGAGAAUGAAGUUUGUGUGCGACCCAACGAAUGCCGCUGUCGUUCUGGUUAUUUUGGAGUCACUUGUGACAUGAAAUGUCCGUCCCAGUUCUGGGGACCUGACUGUAGGGGUAAGUGUGACUGCCAUCCCAACGGGAGUUGCGAGGAUGUCACUGGGGCCUGCACCUGUAACCCUAAUCGUUGGGGGCCAAACUGUGAGAGAGCCUGUGAUUGCCAGAAGGGCCAAUGCAACCAGGAGACAGGCGCUUGCACGUGCUACGCAGGCUUCUGGGGCUCCCAGUGCUCCACCAACUGUCACUGCAGCAUCAACUCUGUGUGUGAUGUGGGAACGGGCCAGUGCCACUGCAACCCCGGCUGGUAUGGAAGGAACUGUGGUGCUCAGUGUGCCUGCAACGGUUCUCCGUGUGACCAGCUCACCGGGCGCUGCAGGUGUCGACUGCGUUUGUGGGGUACUAACUGCGAGCGCACGUGUCAGUGUAUCCAUGGACGCUGUAACCAGGCGGAUGGAUCGUGCACCUGCAGGCCAGGAUUCAGAGGGAGGUUUUGCAGGGAGCCGUGUCCAGCUGGGUUCUACGGACAGAAUUGCAGAAACAGGUGUGGACACUGUAAAGGCCAGCAGCCCUGCAAGGUGGCAGAGGGACGUUGCGUUGCAUGUGAACGCGGUUGGAAUGGCACCAGGUGUGACCAGAUGUGUGCUCCUGGGUUCUUUGGUGGAAACUGCGAGGAUGUGGGCUCACCCUGUAAAGAUGGACACUUCUGCAACCUCAUCGACGGCAAUUGCCCCCACUGCAACCCUGGUUGGAUGGGUGAUCGAUGUGAGCUCAAGUGCCUGAAUGGAACCUAUGGAGAGAACUGUGUCAAUAACUGCAACAGCUGUUUCAAUGGGAUGUGUCACUUCGCUACAGGAGAGUGUCUCUGUGACCCUGGCUUCUCUGGUGCCUACUGUAAUGUGAGCUGUUCAGAGGGUCAGUAUGGGGUUAACUGUACCCAGAUCUGUUCCUGCCAUGACAACAACUGCAACACAGUGACUGGAGCAUGCAACCUACGUAAGAACCUUUCCCGAAACAGACGUAUGUUAUGUGAUGAGGGAAAAAAGAGUAAUGUACAUGUAUGCUUUUUCCAGAAAACUUAUUGCGGAGCAACCCACCACCUGCGGGACGUCUCCUCUUCCGCAGAGACCACAGAGGAUGGACAUGUCUAUGCUGUCCCUGACGAACCUGGAGAACAGAACAAAAAUAAAGGGAACAGAAUCGACACAACAGAGACUAGAGUACUGGCUGAUUAUGAUGAUAUCUCUGAGGUAGACACAUUGCCGGAGAACAUGGCCAUGACUAUGCAGGUCUCAGUUAACAUCAGUGAGCUGCCACUCCAGAAGUCCUCAGAGAAUGAGGGCUCCUGCAGUGGCACAGAGUCAGCCAACAGCAUCUGCCUCCGGGCCCAUGCUCCGCAGCCACCCCAGCAGUCCAGCAAGGAGAACAGUGUAGUGUCAAACACUGUCAAAGACAAUGCAAAGCCUACAGCUGCUGAGAGGGUUAAACCUCUACCACCAGACUCCUCCACAAAGCCAAAGCUAUCCUGGGUCCAUGCAUCUCCUGGGCCGAAACAGAAUAAUAUAAGUCAGGAAAAGACUGUGGCUGAGGAGAAAACGAGUUCCAGGAAGAAAGCCAGCAAGCAGCAAGCUCCCAAUGCUGCAGAGUCUGCAUGUACAGAUGGGGCUGGCUUCCAAGGGGAGAAGAAGCCAACUAAAAGCAGAUCUGGUAUGUUGCAGAUAGAGCACAUCAACGGGGCAGUGCAGAGUGUCCUCAGGAAAAUGGGCAACUUCCAUGCUGACCAGAAGCCUGAAAACCAAAGAGAGUCCGCAGAGAAGAGCCCCAGUUUAUCCCUAAACAGGGAGGUUAACCAACUGAACAUACACUUGGAGGCAGCCUCUCUCUUAGCUGCUCAGCUGAAGGAAAAGACUCAGCGCCUGAACAGGAGUGAGACCGGCUGCUGUGAGGAGAGCCUGUCUCACCUCCAGUCCCAUAGAAAGAAGCCCACCUUGCCCCAAAAGACUGGAGCAAAGGCUCUGCUUCCCACAUCCGCUAGUUCACAGAAGCCUCUGCCAGAUACGCCAUCUAAAGAAGCCAAAAUCCCAGAGAAACAGGACUCUCACCACUCUGAAAGCAGUUCAGAGAAUGGAGACUCCACAGUAAAGAAGGACCCAAUGACAAAGCCUCCUCGAAAAAAAACUAGGAAGGAAAUAUAGACUCAAAAACAAAGAAUAUUGCUCCAAGGGUUGCAGUGACGCCACCGCAGGCUGCAAGUUAAUGUGGUCAGUGUUGUUGAUUUUCAAUUCUGAGAAAACAACGCACAUUUUGAGAUGUCUGAAAUAUUUUUUGGGACACAUUUGUUUCAUUGUGUUUUGCACCAAAUCGAAUAUCGAUGGAAUAUUUUCCCUUCUGUGGGUGUUUUUCAUCUUGAGAAAUGUUAUGAUAUAAUGCAGUAGUCUUUCUAUUUUAACAUUUUAUUUUCCUAGCUAUACUCAAAUCCAUGUAUUGUAUAACAGUGAGUGCUAGGAGGUCUGAAUACUUAUUUACCUUGACCAAUCGUCAUUAUUGUACCCAACAUUUGCUAAUUUGCUCAUAUUGAAUAAACCAAACACCCCAAAA